GUUUCUCUUCCAUCAAGACCCACCAAAAGAACAUGGACGUUGUGGUUAGCAUUGCAGAAAAAAGCACCGAGCAAUUUGUUCGUUUAUUCUACGAGAAUUAUGACAAACAACGUAAUAUGCUCGGUAAUCUGUACCGAGACAACUCGGCCAUCCUGUGGAAUGGCAAUGCUUUUUCCGGAGCACAUCAGUAUUCAGAGUUCUUGGCGCGCCUGCCUGUAUCGCAUCACGAAAUUGAUGUGUAUGACUGUCAGCCCAUUGCAGCUACGUUGAAUGCGCAAGGUGCAUGUGGCAUUCUUAUCAAUGUAACCGGAUCGGUGAAAUACGGCGAUCAUCCCAUCAAAAAGCCAUUCUCACAGACAUUCAUCCUGAUGCCCGAUGAAAACCAAGCAAGUAACUAUUACGUUCAGAGCGAUAACUUCAGGCAAGUACAAAAAUGA